CUCUUUCUUCUUUUUUUUCUUGGUGCUGAGUGCCCAACAAACAAUGCCCUAAUUCAAAAAUAAAAAUCCAACAAAAAAAACAGAAAAAGUAUAAAACUUUCUAGCUUUUUUUGUACCCUUUUUUUCUCCACCUAUUUAAAUGAUCCACCGUUGAUCAGUUCUUGAUUCCUGAUCUCAAUUUAUAAGAGAAAAAAAUGGAAGUGGAAAAUCAGUUGAGCGCAUGGGAUGGCUAUGUAGAUUGGAAGAACAAGCCUGCAGUAAGAGGCAAACAUGGUGGCAUGCUGGCUGCCUCCUUUGUUUUGGUGGUGGAGGUGUUGGAGAAUUUAGCAUAUUUGGCAAAUGCCAGCAACUUGGUGCUAUACCUAAAGGAGUUCAUGCAUUUUCCCCCCACAGAUUCUGCAAAUUCUGUCACAAAUUUUAUGGGCACAGCCUUUCUUCUUGCACUCCUUGGUGGCUUUUUGUCUGAUGCUUUAUUCACAACUUAUCACAUCUAUCUGAUCAGUGCAGUAAUUGAAUUCCUGGGACUGGUUUUACUGACGGUGCAAGCACACUCGGGCUCCUUAAAGCCACCAAAAUGUAACCCAGCCACCGCCAAUUUGCCAUGCCAACAAGUUCAUGGUGCAAAGGCUGCAAUGCUUUUCUUAGGUCUCUAUUUAGUGGCUCUAGGCGUUGGAGGCAUUAAGGGGUCGUUAGCGGCCCACGGGGCCGAGCAGUUCGACGAGAACACCCCUCACGGAAGAAAGCAAAGAUCAACUUUCUUCAAUUAUUUUGUGUUCUGCCUCUCUUUUGGCGCUCUUUUUGCUGUGACAUUGGUGGUGUGGAUUGAAGACAACAAGGGAUGGGAAUGGGGGUUUGGAAUUUCCACACUGACAAUAUUGUUGUCAAUUCCAAUCUUUUUAGCAGGCUCAAAAUUUUACAGGAACAAAAUACCUAAUGGGAGCCCACUUACAGUAAUAUUUAAGGUUCUGGUUGGUGCCAUGUUAAAUAGUUGCAUGGCAAGAAGUCCAAGCAAUGCAAUUGCAAAUAUGGCCACAAGCCCUUCCCCGACUCCACCCUCUAAAGAAGUGACUACAGAAAAUCAUGACAAAGUUGUAGAAACAUUUGAAUCCCCAUCUCAAAGUCUCAAGUUCCUCAACAGAGCAGUCAUAUACAAGCCAACUUUCGAUGCAUUAAAAUGCUCAGUACAGCAAGUCGAAGAAGUCAAGAUUGUAAUCAAAAUUCUACCCGUCUUCGUUUGCACUGUCAUGCUCAAUUGCUGUCUUGCUCAACUCUCCACAUUCUCCGUAGAACAAGCUGCUACCAUGAAUACGAAACUGGGAUCACUAAAAGUCCCUCCAGCUUCGCUUCCAGUUUUCCCUGUAGUCUUCAUCAUGAUCCUGGCACCAGUAUAUGAUCAUUUAAUAGUUCCAUUCGCACGAAGAGUAACAAAAAGUGAGACUGGCAUUACACACUUACAGCGCAUUGGAAUAGGUCUGGUUCUCUCCAUACUAGCCAUGGCAGUGGCAGCCAUGGUUGAAAUUAAGCGCAAGAGAGUAGCUGCUAACUCGGGUUUACUCGACUCCACCCAACCAUUGCCCAUUACGUUUUUCUGGAUCGCACUUCAGUACUUGUUUCUUGGAUCAGCUGAUCUCUUCACCCUAGCCGGCUUACUGGAAUUUUUCUUCACGGAGGCACCAGUUAGCAUGAGAUCUUUGGCCACUUCUCUUUCUUGGGCAUCGUUGGCCAUGGGAUACUACCUUAGCACUGUAAUUGUGUCGAUAGUGAACAGUGCAACAGGUGACUCCAAGCACAAGCCAUGGCUUUCUGAUAGAAACUUAAAUCACCAUCACCUGGAGAGAUUCUACUGGCUAAUGUGCGUCCUCAGCACGUUGAAUUUCUUGCACUAUCUCUUCUGGGCUAAAAUAUACAAGUAUGGAUCCAACAAGCGAAAUUGGGCUGUGGAAAUGACUAAAUGAAACUGCCAAAUGAUGUCUCUUGAUCGGGGAUUCAUUUCAUGUUCAGGAAAUCCUUGCGACUGUAAAUAUGUUCCAUGAUUUGCUGUCCAGCAAGAGGGACUAGAUCAGACUACAAUAAAACAGGCCAGCACAGUUUAAGUUUUUGCUUUGUAACAUCAUUUUGUCAUCUAAUCAAGACAGUUAUCAAAUGAUCUUAUUGUUGUUAUAGUCGAGGUUGAACACCGCCAUGUACAUGAAUCUCUCGAUUGUUUAUAAAUUGAGGACUUUAUUUUCUGUUCUCC